GAUUAGGCUGCUCCGUGCAGCGCUGACCGUUGAGCAGAAAAAGGUGCUGCCCAGUAGAUUCGUUCAUGGCCACCGCCCCUCCCUGCGCCUGCGGCGCUCCGUCCCCAUCGCUGCGAUGCCCUCUAGCCCUGCCGCUCCCCUUCGCUACCUCUCAUCCCGCCGUCCGGCUCGCCGCCCCGCCGCUUCUCGCGCGCCGCCUCGCCGUGUCUCCUCGAAGGGCAGCGUCAGCGCUGGAAGCCCUCGUGCUGGAAUCUGACGACGAGGAAGAGGAGUCCGGGAUAGGCCUGUUCCAGGGUGAGGAGUGGGCAGCGACCGCCGACGAGAGGGACGCGGUAAGGUCCCCCGAGCUGGAGGUUUUCGAGCUCGAAGAGCUGCCGGAGCAGUGGCGUCGGUCGAGGAUCGCCUGGCUCUGCAAGGAGCUCCCCGCUUACAAGCACUCCACCUUCACCCGCAUCCUUAAUGCCCAGCGAAAGUGGAUUAACCAGGACGACGCCACCUACAUCACCGUCCACUGCCUCCGCAUCCGCCACAACGCCGCUGCAUUCCGGGUGUACAGCUGGAUGGUACAGCAGCACUGGUACCGCUUCAACUUUGCACUAGCCACAAGGGUAGCCGAUUGUCUUGCCAGAGAAGGCAAGGUUGAAAAGUGCCGAGAGGUGUUUGAUGCGAUGAUCAAGCAAGGACGAGUACCGGCUGAAUCCACCUUCCACAUACUGGUGGUUGCAUAUCUCAGUGUUGCUAGGGGGGGUUGUCUUGAGGAGGCAUGCACCAUCUACAACCAGAUGAUACAGAUGGGUGGCUAUAAGCCUCGCCUCAGCCUGCAUAAUUCACUGUUCAGGGCACUUGUGAGUAAAACAGGAGGCACUGCAAAGCACAAUCUCAGGCAGGCUGAGUUUGUCUACCACAAUAUAGUCACAAGUAACCUUGAGGUGCACAAGGAUAUUUAUGCAGGGCUCAUCUGGCUCCACAGCUAUCAAGAUGUCAUUGAUAGAGACAGGAUCAAAGCUCUUAGGGAUGAGAUGAAGCGAGCCGGGUUUGAGGAGAGCACUGAUGUGCUGGUGUCACUGAUGAGGGCCUUCUCCAAGGAAGGAGAUAUUAAAGAAACUGAGGCAACAUGGCAUUGGCUUCUUCGGAGUGGUUGUGAGCUUCCUGCCCAAGCUUAUAUCUGCCGAAUGGAGCUUUAUGCACGCACUGGUGAGCCAAUGAAAUCCCUAGAAAUGUUCAAGGAAAUGAAGAACCGGAACAUCCCUCCUAAUGUUGCAUCAUAUCAUAAGAUUAUUGAGAUAAUGACAAAAGCUAGAGAGAUAGAGAUUGCAGAAAAACUCAUGGAUGAGUUUGUUGAAAGUGAUAUGAAACAUCUGAUGCCAGCCUUUCUUGACUUGAUGUAUUUGUAUCUGGAUCUGGAUAUGCAUGAGAAACUGGAACAUACUUUCACCAAAUGCCUUGGCCGAUGCCGUCCAAAUAGAAUAUUAUACACCAUUUAUAUGGAAUCACUUGUGAGGAUUGGGAAUGUCUCGAAGGCCGAGGAGAUCUUUGAUGAGAUGCAUAAAAAUGGGAUGAUAGGUACUAAUGCUAAGUCUGCCAACAUCCUGCUCAGAGGCUAUCUUUUGGCAGAGAACUAUCAGAAAGCUGAGAGCAUUUAUGAGUUAAUGUGUAAAAAAAAGUACGAUAUACCAGUGGAAUCUUUGGAGAAACUUCAGAGUGGCCUCCUCAGUAGUAAGAAAGUUGUCAAGCCACCAAAACCUGUGAGCAUGAAGUUGGAUGAAGAGCAGCGUGAGAUUCUGAUUGGCUUGCUCCUUGGAGGCACUCAGAUAGAAUCUCAUGCACAGAAAGGGGUCUACAUCGUCAAUUUUAAGUUCCAGGAAGAUUCUCAUGCUCACUCAGCUCUAAGGGUGCAUAUUCACGAACGUUUCUUCGAAUGGCUGCCUUCAGCAUGCAGAUCACUGAAUAGGGAGAGCGAGAUCCCUUAUCGAUUUUCAACCAUACCUCAUGCACAUUUCGGUUUCUUUGCAGAUCAGUUCUUUCAGAAAGGCCAGCCUGUUCUCCCAAAACUUGUCCACAGGUGGCUUUCCCCACGGGUUCUGGCAUAUUGGUUCAUGUCUGGGGGCGUCAGACUGCAAUCGGGUGAUAUUGUUCUUAAGGUCAGUGGCGGGGACACUGGUGGUGUUGAGAGAAUUGUGAAGUCCUUGCAAGCACAACAAUCUUUAGCAUGUAAAGUGAAGAGGAAAGGGAGAUUCUUUUGGAUAGGUUUCCAGGGAUGUAAUGCCGACUCUUUCUGGAAAAUAGUCGAAACUUAUGUACUGGACAGUUUUGCUAGUUCCACCGAGGAAAGCCACAAUGUAGGUUCUGAUGGCUUGCAAGACUAUACAUAUUAUGAGAGUGAUACGCAGAGGCAUGGUAGAGAAAGUGAGGAGUGAGGAUAGACUUUGUUCACAAGUUGUCUACAUUACUUUCCUACUAACACCUGUCGCCCAGAUUGAUCUAUCACCUUUCCAGCUGAUCGUCUGUGGUUGCAGUAUUGUACUAUAGACAGUCGUGAGCAGAGAGAGAUAUGAGUAGCUUGGUGGAUUCCCUUGUUAUUGUACCUGGAUUUGCACAGAUGUUCAGUUUUUGCUGCCCAUUAGUUUGUUGGGUUCCAUGAUUUCCAGCUGAAGAUGCGUCAUCUCCAGAAGAGUCAGUUACGAUUACGACAGCGUAUUCUAGUAUGCCACUUUGCAACCUAGAACUUAACAAUUGACCUGCAGUCAGCUAACAUUAUUUCCAUGUAAAGAAGUAUAUGAACGAAGCAAUCCUAGUCAACUACAAUCUAUCCUGAUUUUCUAUCCUAAUCUCUCGCCGGAUCUGCGAUGGACUAGAGGUCUCCCUGCAGGAGCCUGGUGAGCAAGGUAGUGAGAAGCGCGUCCCUUCUCUCCGCCCUGUCCUCCUCCCUCAUCCUCCUCUGCUCCUCGCGCUCCGCCCACGCCUGCUCCAGCAUCAGCCUCUCCUGCUCUAUCCUCUGCAUCGACUGCCGCCAUUGGUCUUCGAAGAACAGCCGCUCCCGCGCCCUCCUCUCCAUCGUCUCCUGGCGCUGCGCGUCCAAGCGCAGCUGCUGCUCGAAGAAAUCGCGCAGCAGGCCACGAACGGCGGACGUCGACGUCUGCGCGUCCUUCGUGUUCCUGCUUCGUCGGGGCGGCUCGUCGUCGUCGCCGCCGCCGCCGUCGUCAGGUUCCUCGCGUCCCGACGGACCGGCCGGCCUUUUCAGCUUCUUUCUACCGGGAGCCUGGACCGCUUCGGACCCUUGGAGCUGCUGCUGGCUCUGCAUGUCUCUGCUGCGACUCCUCCUCUGAGGAAGGGAAGUGAAACGGCUGCCGUCUGUUCCAGAUGUUGCGCGAAUCCCUGGUGAAAAUGACGGUCUUUAGUGACAGGCUUAGAGAGACAAACAUGGGCGCACCGAUCCUGUUGCGAUUCUCGGCAACCAAGUGAAUGCGCAGGAAGAGCAUGGAACGAGACUGACCUUGUUGUGGCGUCCGAUGAGGCUCUUCGUCCUCGCUAGCGCUCCUUGAGUACUCGGGGUCGGGGAUGCAGCGCUGCUGAUCUGGCUGCUGCUGCGCGUGCCCCCGAGCUGCGAUGAGCACUCGCUCGGUCUCCUGGUCCUGGCUCCCCGCGCGCCGUCAGAUUUUGCAGUCCCACGAGCGGCGCGAGUACAUAAAGGAAACGCGUACGUGCUGCCGGUGCUGGUGAAUGUGGAAGGCGAGAUCGCGUGGGGGGCGUCUGGCACGACCCGGGCCGGGAGACGGGAUUAGACAGACAGCGGCCUGCAUGCAGCAGCAGCGCCCGUCGUUUUUUUCUCUCUCCCCCGUCUCGUGUUUUUCAUCGCCUUUCUGACACUUCCCGACCGCCUCGACGCUCCAAAUUCACCGUUUCACACGUCCCCAGCAAUGUGAAUGGCUUUGCUGCUGUCCACACGGGCAGGGGCAGUGCAGCUCGCCACGUCAUCCUGGAUCCCCGUGGUCGCCCCCGACAUGUUGAUCCGUACUGCGACCGUAUGGAGGAAUGCCGCCGAUGGGAGAUCUCGCGACGCGCAGUUCUUGUUUGUUUGUUUGUUUCCAGGCCGGUCUGCAGCGGCUAGCGACAUUAUAUUGACCCGUGACCUCUUCUCGUUCAGCACGGCUCGGAGCAUGGCGGCCGUCAACGCAAUCCGCCGCGCGCCUUCGCACGACAGCGAUGACGUGCACGCACCAGCAGCAGCGCGAUCGCUGUCAGCUGGAACGCGCCGCCCGGCCCGGUCGUUGUUGAGCAUUUUUUACCCUUUCCAGUGGAGGAGGAGCGGGCGUCACACUGAUGAGGCCAUUUUUUUGAUGUGCAGGUGACGGUGUCACGGUACAGCUAGCUAGUCACAUGCGUGUUGGCAGCGGCUGCGGCAGUACGACAGAUCGAGCAGCCGAAUCCUGCAAGGGUGCCGUGCAGUGCAGAGGCAUCCGGCGCUUUUCUGCAGAUUCGCGCAGCGCCCUGCGGCCCUGCCCCCGUCACCCGGUCAGGCGUUAGUGCCACUACUCCAAUGUCCAAUCCGAUAGGCUUUUGGAGCAUCUUCACUGGUUCCAAAAAAAAAACAAAUCUUUCUAAAAUCAAUUUAGAGUGCUGUAAUUAUCAGCUAUGCUCAAACAGUUCUUUAGAUGAGGUCCUCAAAGGUACAAACUUUCUAAAUA